AUGUCCACGGCAACACAAAAAAGCGGCACAAGCCCUUGGGAGAACAAGCAGCCCUCGGAGCAAGAGUACAAGCAGCGGAUCCAAGACUGGCUGUCAGACCCCGGUCUCGACAUCCAAGGCAGACUACUUAGCGGCCGCAGCAGCAGGCCCACACCACCCCGAGGCGUCCGCCAAGAGGGCGAAGCAGUAGGCAGAAAAGUGAGGCAAGCCGUCUUGUGA